GGGCGCCGCCGCCACGGGGCCGCCGGCGCAGGCGGAAGUGGAGCGGAAGCCGAGGCGGAAGAGGAAGAGCAAGCCGCCGAAGGCGGCCGCCGAGCCCAGCGGGGCGAACGAGGAGAACUCCCCGGAGAGAAGACCAGAGGCCUCCAGCCUCCCCGGCACGCGGGCCAAGGCGGCGCCGCUGAGACCCGAGAGGCAAGCCGCCUCGCCCGGCCUCUCCCAGAGCCCCGCCGGAGCCGCGCCGCCGCCGCCGCAGGAGGGGCCGCCAGGGCCGCCGGCCGCGCCGCGCGCGCGCACGCCCAAGGUGGUGCGGAGGGCCGCGAAGGCCGCGCGGAAGGCCGCGCGGGAGCUGAAGAGGGCGAUGGCAGCCGCGGGCGCCUCCGGCGACGAGGCGGCGCCAGCCGAGGAGGCGACGGAGGCCGCCGCAGGCGGAGAAGCCCUGGCCGCCGCGGAGGCCCCGCAGCCUGGGGCCACGGCGGCGGCGGCGGCAGGUGCCGGCGAGCCGGCCGAGGUGCGCCCGGGGGGCCCUGCGCCAGAGGCGCCCGCAGGCUCGAAGCCGAAGGUCGAGGUCGCGCUUGGGGCGGAGAAGAUCGCCGACCUCAAGCGCAGGAUGCAGGAGCUCAGGAGCAAGAAGCAGGCGCACACCGCUCUGGAUGCGGCCAUGGCUGUGGGCAAGCAGGCGCGUAGCGCAGAGCCGCCAGCCGCGCCCCCACCGAAGGCCGCCGACGCCUCGGGACUGAGCUUGGAGGCGCAGAUGCGGCAGCGGGCCUUGCGCGCAUUGGGCUUGGCGUAG